GCGCGGGGGCAGGUCCAGAGCCCGUCCCCAUACGCCCCCCAGCGGAGGCCCGGAAGGGACCAUUCGCGCUUCCGUCUCCGCCGGGGCCGCACGGAGGGCGGAGUUGCGGCCCGAGGACGCUACGCGAGCCCAGUUCCGGCGAGGAGGCCGCGCCAGUGACAGCGAUGGCGGCGGAGUCGGCGCUCCAAGUUGUGGAGAAGCUGCAGGCGCGCCUGGCUACGAACCCAGACCCUAAGAAGCUAUUGAAAUAUUUGAAGAAACUUUCCAUCUUGCCUAUCACAGUAGACAUUCUUGUGGAGACUGGGGUAGGGAAAACAGUAAACAGCUUUCGAAAACAUGAGCAAGUGGGGAACUUUGCCAGAGACCUGGUGGCCCAGUGGAAGAAGCUGGUUCCUGUAGAGCGAAACAGUGAAGCUGAGGAUCAGGAUCUUGAGAAGAGCAGCUCCCGAAAGCGCCCUCGAGAUGCUCUUCAGAGGGCAGAGGAGAUGGGAGGGGACUACCAGGAAAGCUGGAAAGCCUCUGCCAGCCGGUCCUGUAGCCCUGAGCACAGACAGAAAAAACACAAAAAACUCUCAGAGCCUGAAAGGCCUCACAAAGUGACUCACAGUCACGAGAGGAGGGAUGAAAGGAAGAGGUGUCACAGAGUGUCACCACCAUAUUCUUCAGACCCUGAGUCUUCUGACUAUGGCCAUGUUCAGUCUCCUCUACCUUCCAGUCCACAUCAAAUGUACACAGACCACUACAGGUCACCAGAGGAGGACCAUGAGCCCAUCAUUUCACACCAGAAGCCUGGAAAAGUCCACAGUAAUACCUUCCAGGACAGACUAGGGGUUAGUCAAGAACGACACCUGGCUGAGCACCAAGGGAAAGGGGCUGUAAGCCAAAACAAGGAGCACAAAUCUUCCCACAAGGAGAAACGCCCUAUGGAUGCCAGGGGUGAGGAGAAGGUCUCUGCCCUGGGCAGAGAGAAAUCACACAAGGCCUCUUCCAAAGAGGAAAACCGAAGGCUACUCUCAGGGGACAGUGCCAAGGAGAGGCCGCCCUCUAGUGUUGUCAAGAAAGAGAAGGACAGAGAGGGCAGUAGUCUCAAGAAGAAGUUUCCGCCUGCCUUGGAGGCGGCUUCAGAUAACCACUUUCGAAAGCCCAAACAUAAGGACUCUGAGAAGAGCAGGUCUGAGAAGAGCAGGCCGAGGGCAGAUGGCUCAGACUCAGGGCGGGAGCCAGGAGACCUGCUGCCCAAAGCCAAGGAGAAAGUUCCCAACAACCUGAAGGAGGGCAAAGGAAGAACUAACUCGGAUCGAAAGUCACCGGCCUCCCUCCCUAAAGUGGAGGAGCCAGACAUGGAUGACGAGUUUGAGCAGCCUACCAUGUCCUUUGAGUCAUACCUCAGCUAUGACCAGCCUAGGAAGAAAAAGAAGAAGGUUGUGAAAGCUUCAGCCGCAGCACCUGGAGAAAAGGGAUUAAAAAAAAAGGACUCUAAAAGCACUAGUAAAAACUUGAACUCAGUUCAGAAAUUACCCAAGGUAAAUGAGAACAAGUCAGAGAAGGUGCAGCCAGCCGGAGCCGAACCCACCAGGCCUCGCAAGGUCCCUACUGAUGUGUUGCCAGUGCUGCCGGACAUCCCCUUACCUGCCAUACAGUCCAACUACCGUCCCCUUCCUUCCCUGGACUUGAUUUCUUCCUUCCAGCCAAAGCGAAAAGCAUUCUCUUCACCCCAGGAAGAAGAAGAAGCUGGAUUCACAGGACGCAGAAUGAAUUCUAAGAUGCAGGUGUAUUCAGGUUCCAAGUGUGCCUAUCUCCCCAAAAUGAUGACCUUGCACCAGCAGUGUAUCCGGGUGCUGAAGAACAAUAUCGACUCCAUCUUUGAAGUGGGAGGAGUCCCCUACUCUGUCCUCGAACCUGUCUUGGAGAGGUGUACACCUGAUCAACUCUAUCGAAUAGAGGAAUGCAAUCACGUACUAAUUGAGGAAACAGAUCAGUUAUGGAAAGUUCACUGUCACCGAGACUUUAAGGAGGAAAGACCAGAAGAGUAUGAGUCCUGGCGGGAGAUGUACCUGCGGCUUCAGGAUGCCAGAGAGCAGCGCCUACGCCUGCUGACAAACAACAUCCGCUCUGCGCAUGCCAAUAAGCCGAAAGGUCGACAAGCCAAGAUGGCUUUUGUCAACUCUGUGGCCAAACCACCUCGAGAUGUCCGACGGAGGCAGGAGAAGUUUGGAACUGGAGGAGCAGCUGUUCCUGAGAAAGUCAGGAUUAAGCCAGCACCAUAUACAACAGGAAGCAGCCAUGUUCCUGCCAGCAGCAGCAGCAGCAGCUUCCACUCCAGCCCCGAGGAGAUGGCCUAUGAUGGGCCUAGUACCAGCAGUGCCCACUUAGCCCCAGUGGCCAGCAGUGCUGUUUCCUAUGAUCCUAGGAAACCAGCUGUGAAGAAAAUUGCCCCGAUGAUGGCCAAGACAAUUAAAGCAUUCAAGAACAGAUUCUCCCGACGAUAAGUAGGACUUGCCUUAGAGGUGGAGUCUGGGAAGCAGGACAUGGGGACAGUGGGGACAGGAGAAGAGGAUGUGCACAGAAGACCCCCUAGCUUUUGUUUGUGGAACUUUUGGCCUCUGACUCCUGCACAGUAGCAGGAGUCUCCCUCCCUGUGCAUUGCCCCCCUGCACCCUGGCUGGAUCACACUUCAGAUUUCUGAAGACAGUAUGAAGGCUCAGUCAUACUGAGACUUUAAGGUUAAUUACACUUUUAUUGCUAAUUAGUAUCUUUGUAAACUAUAAGACAUAGUUUUAAUUAAUAAAUAUUGCCCCAGAUGUAUUUAUAGUAACCCAGGGGUUUUUUUUUUUUUUUUUCUUUUUCUUUUUUUUUUUCCUUUUUU